AAAACAGCAAGAUCUCAAGAUCUAAUAAACGGGACCUCAGCCUAUCAUCUGCAUAGUACCUAAAAAAACUUCAGAUUCUCACAGAAAUAGACUUAGAAUAUUUUACACAAAAUGAAGGCUGUUAUCAUUUUGAUGCUGCUCAUUGUCACAGUCUACUGCCUACCGGUUAAGCGUUCAGCUAGCAGUUCCGAAAGCUCAGAAGAACGUGUGGUUGUUCAAACGCCAGCUCCUUUGCUAAGAAAAGCUGCUAUUGAACUGGUUGAAGCAGAACCUACACAGACAACAGAAUCUGAUGAGAGCACGGACAGUGCAGAUGACACUGAGGACACAGAUGAAGAAUCUGAAACAGAUGACAAGGACGAGGAGAACGAUACCAAUUCCAGUGAGAGUGAAUCUGGGGAAACACAGACCACAUCUAUCCCAUCAACAGUGGAGCCCACCCUGGACCCGAUUAUCAACACAGGCCGUGAAGACAGCUUGGGCUACCCAAGUGACUACAAGAAAUCCAUUGUCUAUGUGGAUGCAAAAGACAUUGAAAAAAUCCCUUCCCCAUACAAGUCGUACAGCAGUGACAAGCUGGGUGGUUUGACCAUCGUCAGUAAGAAGAUGUCUGCCUAUGAUGAUCAGAGGGUCAAUGAUGUGGAGAAGGAGAUUAAACUGUUCAAGGCUCUUCAGGUCCAUGAUGUUCUCCCAGAAGAGGAAGACACCAGCACCCCUGAGGUGGAAGAGGACAUGGAGCCAAGGGACCGCCAGACAGCUCUGGGGAGCCACGAGAUCACUCCUGCCGAGAACCAGGGCAGCGAAAUUGCCAAAGAAGGGUCUGACAGCGAGGGGGCCAGUGCUGGCGACUCUCCCAGUGCCAGUGCAAGCACCAGCCAGGAGGAGACAGAGGAAUCAGACGGCAGCGUGAGCAGUGAGGAGACCACCGCCACACCUGGAGCUGCAGACAGUGAAAACGACUCCUCACAGAGUACUGAGAGCCAGGAGAGCGAUUCAGAUGAGGACACCACCCAGACCACUGAGGUCACUGUUGUCAUAGCGAAGUAACCCAUCCGAGCACAAACCCUCAACAGGUUAAUUAUAUGGUGCUUGGUGACUCUCUCCACCUGGUAUUAGUGUGAGUUAGUUUAAUAUUAAGUCAAAUUGCAGAGCACAAAGAUACGGUUUACAAAAGCUCUCGAGCUUUGCUGCCUAAUCUGUUUAGAAGCAGUUUCAUCUUAACAGUCUUACUGUUCAUUGCACUAUUAUUUACAAUGUUAAUGUAAAUGUAAUUUUAUAUUUGAUAUGUUAUGAUUUAUCAUUUAUGAAUAAAGUUUGUUCUAUGUA